CUCAAAUAUCUCUAAGAACUGAACUUUGUCUCAGCUUCUCAGGUGAUGUGAGUGAAGCUGAAAGUUUGAAACUUUGUUUCUUCUUCUAAACCCUAAAGCCUCUAUCUAUCUUCGCUUCAUUUCCAUUUUCAUUUUUAUUUUCAGAAACAGUUCUGCCAGAAAAAUGGCAACACUUCAAGUGACAAACCUAAAUGAGUUACUUUCAUCAACUUCAUUUCACCUCAACAGAACACUCUCUCAUAAUCACAAAACGGUGCGUACAAGCCUCUGGAAACGGCCCCACAAAGGGAGUGUGAGAUGUUCAAUUGCCCCAAUUGAGACUGCAAAAAUUAAGGUUGUGGGUGUUGGUGGAGGAGGCAACAAUGCUGUUAAUCGCAUGAUAGGCAGUGGAUUACAGGGAGUUGAUUUUUAUGCCAUUAACACGGAUUCUCAAGCCCUUGUACAGUCUGCUGCUCAGAAUCCACUUCAAAUCGGUGAACUUUUGACUCGUGGACUAGGCACAGGUGGAAAUCCGAUUUUGGGGGAGCAGGCUGCUGAGGAGUCAAAAGAAGCCAUUGCAAAUGCUCUUAAGGGCUCAGAUCUUGUGUUUAUUACAGCUGGAAUGGGUGGAGGAACAGGUUCGGGUGCUGCACCAGUUGUUGCACAGAUAGCAAAAGAGGCUGGUUAUUUGACUGUUGGUGUGGUUACCUAUCCUUUCAGCUUUGAAGGGCGUAAAAGAUCAGUGCAGGCGUUGGAGGCCAUUGAGAAGUUGCAAAAGAAUGUUGAUAGUCUUAUUGUGAUUCCCAAUGAUCGUCUGCUUGAUAUUGCAGAUGAGCAGACACCCCUUCAGGAUGCUUUCCUUCUUGCUGACGAUGUUCUACGCCAGGGGGUGCAAGGAAUUUCUGACAUAAUAACAAUACCUGGACUGGUGAAUGUGGAUUUUGCAGAUGUAAAGGCAGUAAUGAAAGAUUCCGGAACUGCAAUGCUUGGAGUGGGGGUUUCCUCCAGCAAAAACCGAGCAGAAGAAGCUGCUGAACAAGCAACUUUAGCUCCUUUGAUUGGAUCAUCAAUCCAGUCAGCAACUGGUGUGGUAUAUAAUACUGGAGGAAAGGACAUAACCUUGCAGGAGGUUAAUAGAGUUUCCCAGGUUGUAACUAGUUUAGCAGACCCUUCUGCUAACAUUAUAUUUGGCGCUGUUGUUGAUGAUCGAUACAACGGGGAGAUCCAUGUAACUAUAAUUGCAACCGGCUUCUCUCAAUCGUUUCAGAAGACGCUUCUAACAGACCCCAAGACAACAAAGCUGGUUGACAAAGUGGCAGGAGCCCAAGAGAGCAAGGGAAUACCCCCCCUCUCCAAGUCUACAACCUCACCUUCACCUGUUAACUCCAGACCAUCAAGGAAGCUCUUCUUUUAAUUCUUUCUAGUUUUCCUAGUUUUUGUUUUCCUCUUUUUAUGCCAUAACUGUAUGAUGAUCUUGAUGCUCAAGUGUAUCUGGUUUUUAUUUUUAAUUCCUUCUAGGCUUCCUUUGCAACUAUAUUAUGCUUGUCAUUUGUCUAUUUGUAAUGCGAUGAUUCAAUUGAUUUUGAUUAAUAGCAUGAUUAAUGAUCUCCAUUAAGUUAA